UGAAGCUAGCACAGAAUGAACACGGUGCAUGUCAAUGGUUCCAUCUCCUGUGUCCUGAUGUUUUUUUUUUUUUUACCUUCCAGGCCAAAGAUCACUCGUCUGGACUUCAGGAAGGCUAAACUGACGCUGGUGGUGGUUGAGGAUGACGAUCAGGGCAAGGAGCAGGAACACACGUUUGUGUUUAAGAUGGAUCAUCCGAAGGCCUGUAAGCACCUGUGGAAGUGCGCCGUGGAGCACCACGCCUUCUUCCGCCUCCGGGGGCCGGUCCAUAAGGGCUCCACCCGCUCGAGCUUCAUCAGGCUGGGCUCUCGGUUCAGAUACAGCGGGAAGACGGAAUACCAGACCACAAAGUCCAGCAAACCGCGGAGAUCGGCGUCCUUUGAGCGCAGACCCAGCAAACGCUACUCUAGGAGGACUCUAAUGAACAGAGGAGGAAGACCUGAUUUUACCAACACUGCCUUUAGGAAUGAUCCCGCCACUCAGAACAAUGGAUCACAGCAGGUGUGGCCUGUUAGGCCUUCCCUGCCGGUAGUCACUGCCCUCCCUACAGAACCGGUGCUGGUGGAGAUAGAGAACCUGAAGAGGAGUCCCGGCACCACUCGUAGCGACAAAUGCUUUUUAGGAUUGAUUGACAGCCAAGAACUGCUGGAGAGUUGCCUGGAUGAAGUGUUUGCUCUGCCGAUGGGUCCCGCCCCUGGACUGGAGGGGGGAGGUCUGACUUUCUCCAACCCCUGCUUAGAGGAGAAGCCUGCGGAGCAAGUGGAAGUCCUGCCAGUAUCUGAAGACGUGACUGUCAAAGUGAACAACAUGGAGGCCAAUAACGGGGCCCUUCCUGCACCAAGAUAUAACAUCAAUGUUAAUGUCGGCAAACAGGAGGACUCGGUGAAGCUGGUGGAGAAAUGUCUUAAUAAUAAGAUUGAGGCUCCAUUGUCCACUCCAAUCUGGCUGCCCCUUGACAUGAAGAGCAAUAUUCUAAAAGCCCAGGCCGAGGCUGAACACAAGAUCACUAGAGAUGAUUUGGGGAUUAGUAACAAGAAUCUGAUCAUUGAAGAUCCAUCUCCCAGGGGAGUAACUGUGAAGCUGAAUAAUCUCGUCCAGCCACAGGAAUUUCCAGAGAUCCGAGAGACCCCGCCUCCUGCGCAGUGUCUCUUCCUAACAAACUUUGGGAGCCAGGAAUUCAAAGAACCUAAACUUGAAAACACAUCAACUCCCUCCGUGGCUUCAGAAGAUGCGUCCGCCGUAAAAAGCCCCACUGAAGAUCUGGAUAACCUUCUGGCUCUGCUCACUGAGAAUCUCAUUGACCUCACUGACAUGGCUCCAGCCCCCUCCACCCCUCCGGUUCCUUUGUACUCAACCAUCACACCCCGCUGGAACGUACCAAGUGCACUUGUAUCUAACGGACACCUCACAGGAGAUACCAACCUUCCCGCUAAAGUCCUGAAUAACACAAUAGAUCAUCUACCUGCCGCAGUAGAGUCUCCGCUCAUUUCACCUCCACCCACUGCAACCACAAGCACGUUGGUUACUGAAGAACCGCCCAGACCGCGAUGUCUACUCACCACCGAGCUGUAAUUGGGAGGAGACGGAAUCUCUCCUAUUAUUAUACUGUGACUUGGAGUGGAACCAGUUGGACAAAACCCCGAAAGAUGUCAGCAGAGAGGAUGCUGGGAGAAGCUACUGAUUGGCCGAUUGACUGACUUUUUUUCUUAAAGCAAUACACUGGAUUUUUUUUCUGUGUUUGAUCCUCUUUUUGGAUUUUUGAGGGAUUUUUUAUUAACAUUCCACUGGGAUCUGUGCGAUUUUUAAUGGUAAUGGACCACUUGAUGCUUCCGAUCUCCAGACCUUUUGUGGUCCGGCGCGGCGUUUUGUGUCGGCGAACGUGUGCUGCUCCCUCGGGACGAUGGGAUCCUGCGGACUUUUCUAGAACUGAGCCGGAGAGGAAACGGCGAUUUAUACCACUAAAAAAAAAUGUCCCGGCGCCAGGGGCUCACCUGUUAUCUUGUUACAAUUGUUUUUAGGGAUUUUAUAUUCCGUGACAUUUUUAAUUUCAUCCCGUCUUGUAGAAUGUGUAUAUAUAUUUUUUUUGUAAUGAACCGACAGUUACUUAAAUGCAGCCAAUACGGUGCUUGCAAUUACAGCAAAACCUUGGAUUUUGAGGCAUAAUUUGUUCACGAAACAUGCUUGUAAUCCAAAGCGCCUGUAUAUCAAAGCAAAUUUUCCCAUAAGAAAUCAUGGAAACUCGAA